AUGGCGUCCAACGCCCCGUUUCAAUUCGCGGGCGAUUCCGACUCGGACGACGAGAACUUCAAUCCCGCCCCCGCCGAAGCCUCUGACGAUGAGGAUGCCGGAGUCGCUCGGAAUGCAAGCCGCAAUGAUGACCGACGCGCGAGCAGCCCCGCCGCUGAUGAUGACGAUGACGAGGACGAGGUGCGCCCCUCGAAAAGCGCAUCGAAGCGUUCUCGCGGUGCCGACGAUGAAGACGACGAGGGAGAGGAGGAGGAGGAAGAGGAGGAUACCGGUGCGAACAAAAACGGCUACGAUGAUGACGAAGAAGAGGAGGACGAGGACGAUGAUGACGACGAUGACGUUCAGCAUCGCCACCGACGCAAGCGCCGCAAGGACCACCGCGCUGCCUUUUUCGAUAUCGAAGCCGAAGUCGAGGACGAGGACGAAGCUGAAGACGAGGAGAAAGAUGGCGAAGAAAUUGAAGACUUCAUCGACAAUGCCCACCCCGACGAUAUUGCCGAGAGCGGCCACCUCGAUGAUGAUAGGAGACAUCGCCAGCUGGACCGCAUCCGUGAGCUCGAGGAUAGUAUGGAUGCCGAGAAGCAGGCCGAGAUCCUGCAGUUGCGAUACGGCAAGCGUGCCCCGGCCCGUGGCUACGGAGAGAUGGCUGUUGUGCCCAAGCGCCUGCUUCUCCCUAGUGUGGAUGACCCAGGUAUUUGGGCCGUCAGGUGCAAGGAAGGCAAGGAGCGUGACGUGGUGUUUUCGAUCAUGCGACGGAUCGAGGAGCGCGCCGGCGGUAAGGACGAGGUGCCCAUCACGGCUGCUUUCGAGCGUGGUGGCCCGAACUCGGUCAUGAAGGGCUACAUCUACGUCGAGGCCCGUCGCCAGAACGACAUCAUGAUUGCGCUGGAUGGUGUUCUCGACGUGUACCCGCGGAGCAAGAUGAUACUGGUGGAGCUUAAGGAUAUGCCCGAUUUGCUCCGUGUUGUCAAGACUCCCAACUUGGAGCCCGGUGCGUGGGUGCGAUUGAAGAAGCCGGCGAAGCACGCUGGUGAUCUUGCCCAGGUUGUCGAUGUGACUGAGAACGGCCUGGAAGCCCGCGUGCGCUUCAUUCCGCGUCUGGAUUAUGGUGUCCGCGACGAUUCCAUCACCGCUGACGGCAAGCGCAAGAGACCCGGGAUGCCGGGCCCACGCCCUCCCCAACGCCUGUUCAGCGAGAUCGAAGCGAGGAAACGACAGCCCCGUUACAUCCAGGGUAACCCGCAAACCAACACCUGGACCUACAUGGGCGAAGACUUUGAGAACGGGUUUCAGGUCAAAGACAUCAAGAUCCAGCAAUUGGACGUCAAAGACGUAAACCCAACUCUGGAAGAGGUCACCAAGUUUGCCAGCGGCUCGGAGGAUGGCACCGAGAAUCUCGAUCUCAAGGCUCUGGCGGCGAGCCUGAAGGACAGCAACACCAACGUCGCUUAUGUACCUGGGGACGUUAUUGAGGUCUACGAGGGCGAGCAGCGUGGUGUUGUUGGCAAAGCCAUCAAUGUGCAGGGCGACAUUGUGACGCUCCGUGUCUCGGAAGGUGACCUCGCCGGUCAGACGAUUGAGGUUCCCAACAAGGGUCUUCGCAAGCGCUUCCGCGAAGGUGAUCACGUCAAGGUCAUUGGCGGCAGCCGUUUCCGCGAUGAAGUCGGCAUGAUUGUCAAGAUUGUGGAGGACCGGGUCACUCUCCUGACUGACCAAACCCACACCGAAGUCACCGUCUUCAGCAAAGAUCUCCGCGAGGCGAGCGAUAUUGGUGGCCAAGGUUCGCUCGGCCAGUACUCGUUGCUCGACUUGGUUCAGCUUGACCCGACCACAGUCGCAUGCAUUGUCAAGGUCGACCGCGAGUCGAUGGUGGUGCUGGACCAGAACGGCGAUACCAGACAGGUAAUGCCUUCGCAGAUUGCCAACAAGUUGCCCAAGCGCCGGACUGCCGUGGCCGCGGAUCGCAACGGCUCAGAGAUCCGCCUCGACGAUGUGGUUCGCGAGUAUGGUGGACAGCAGCGUCAGGGCAAGAUUAUCCACAUUCACCGGUCGUACAUUUUCCUGCACAGCAAUGCCACGACCGAGAACGCCGGUGUGUUUGUCACCAGGGCUGGCAACGUCAACACCAUUGCGGCAAAGGGAGGCCGUGUGACCAACCAGAAUACCGGACCCGAUCUGACGGCCAUGAACCCGGCCCUCAAGCGCAACCCGGCCCAGAACCAGAUGCCGCCUCCCAAGACGUUCGGCCGCGACCGCGCUCUUGGCCAGACCGUCAGCAUCCGCCGCGGUGGGUACAAGGGCCUUAUGGGCAUCGUCAAGGAUACCACGGACACCAGCGCACGUGUUGAGCUCCACGGCAAGAACAAGAUCAUCAACAUUCCCAAGAACGAUCUUAUUUUCAAGGACAAGAUCACCGGAAAGACGAUAGACAUUUACAGCCGUGGUGGACGUGGUGGCUUUGGUGGCCCGGGUCGCGGCGGGUUCAGUGGAGAUCGCAUGGGAGGCAGCAGGACGCCUAUGGGUGCCGCUGGUGGAGAGCGUACUCCGGCUUGGGGCGCUUCCAAAUCGACUGCUCGCACUCCCGCCUGGGGUCGCGCCGAAGCCUCUGGCUCGCGCACUCCCGCCUGGGGCGAUGGUUCCCGCACCGUCAACCCCUACGACGGCAACCGGACCGCAUACGGCGAUGGCAAUCGCACCGCCUACGGAGGCGCCACAUCCUACGGCGGCGGUUCCCGCACCCCAGCCUGGUCCUCCAGCGCCAAAACACCCGCCCACGACGGCUUCGGCCACGGCUCCAAGACCCCCGCCUACGGCUCCGGCGGCAGCAGCGAUCCCUGGGGCUCCAAAACACCUGCUUACGGCGUAUCAGCACCAACCCCCGGUGCUACCGGUGGUGGCAGCGCCGACAGCUGGGGCUACACGCCGGGCCCGAUCGACGCGCCCACCCCUGGUGCCGGGCUCAGCGCACCCACGCCUGCGGCUCUCAACGCUCCCACUCCUGGUGCAUACUCCGCGCCGACCCCGGCAGCGGUCAGUGCGCCUACCCCGGGUGCUUGGCAGGGCGGCUGGGGUGCGGAUGCCGCGACGCCGGCUGUGGGCGCUCCGACACCUGCUGCGAGUGGUGGGUACUACGGUGCUCCGACUCCGGCUGCGUAUGGUGGAGCUCCGGAGACCCCGGCUGCGUCGGGAGAGAUUCGGUAUGCCGAUGAUGAUUGA